AUGGUUACUACUAAGGUAUAUGGACUGUGGAAACAGUCGCAGACCGUCACUUCGGAGCUAGCGCAGGAUCCGUCCCAGACCGCUGGAACGAUCUUCAAAAAGUUAUACGAUCACCAUGAGAUUCCGCAUCCCCAUUUGAAGGGGCAUGGAGCGCAUGGACUAUCCAAGGAGGAGAUUGAGGAAUUUGAAAAGAAGACCCCUGUGCAGAAAGCCCUAGCUUGUGGACACUGGGGGACCACAGAGCCCAGUGAAUUGUUUCUUCAGAUUUAUCACGAUGUACUUGGCUCCUUAGAUAAAGAACCCAGUACGGGAGUGGUUUCGCCGCCGUUGAUGGGGAGCCGAGGUGUUCUUCCCCUCACCAUUGUGGCGCCGCUACCGGAUCUCUGUCGCCAUUUGGGAAAUUGCAUUGCGCGCGCUCAACAUGAGGUGUUUUUGGGUACGAACUUUUGGAUUCAUUCUGACGCUGCAACAUUUGUUACAAAUGGUAUCCGGGAGUUGAACAGGAGAGCUGGUGAACGGGGCACAAAGGUGGUGAUGAAGAUGGUGUAUGAUCGCGGAGAUCCGAAGCAGGUUUUUGAAAAUCAUCUUGACGUAGAUGAUAAACAACGGACGUCCGAAAAAGUCAACCUUCCUGCGCCGCAUGAGAUCCCAAAUGUGGAUUUGAAAGUGAUCAAUUUCCAUCGGCCAGUUUUCGGCACAUUUCACUCGAAAUUUACUGUCAUAGAUCGGCGCAUGUGUCUGUUACAGAGCAGUAAUAUUCAGGACAAUGAUAAUUUGGAGAUGCUCUCUCACAUCGAAGGACCUAUCGUCGAUUCGUUCUAUGACGCUGCUCUCCUGUCCUGGGACAAGCCUCUUGAUCCUCCGUUGCCUCUUUUGAACUCUCCUGCUGAGAGUGCCCCGAUCCCCUGUCAUCAAGGAGAGCAAAAGCUAGACCCUACGGAGGGCUCACCUGAAGAUCUAUCCGAGAAUACCUCAUCGUCUCCCCACUGGGAUGUCGAUUUUGAAGGCGAGGCAAAGAGGGUUAACCACAGUAUCAACCCUCGUGGAGAUGAGACACCAACUCAGGCCGUGACUCGUCAUCUAAAUACCACGAUUCAACCUGACACAACCGGAAACGCUCCUGAUGCAGACCAGGACCCGAAAAUGACACCAUACAUUUUACUACCACAGCACGAGUCCUUCCCAAUGGCUUUGGUUAACAGAGAACCAUACGGAUCUCCAAACCACAACAGCACCCACAACCCCCAAGAUGCAGCCUUCGUCUCGGCAAUCAACAACGCAAAGCACUCAAUAUUUAUCCAAACCCCCAACAUGAACGCAGAGCCCCUCCUUGAACCCCUCCUGAAUGCAAUCCGUCGAGGUGUCAUCGUCAAACCCUAUCUCUGCCUCGGAUACAAUGACUCGGGCGAACUACUCCCAUUCCAAAACGGGACGAACGAAAUGAUCGCGAACAGGCUAUACAACUCCCUCGAAACGGCAGAAGAGAAAGCCCGGUUGCAAGUGCACUACUACGUGGGUAAAGAUCAGAUUCAACCUAUUCACAAUUCGUUCAAGAAGCGGAGUUGCCAUAUCAAGUUGAUGAUUAUCGAUGAGCAGGUUGCUAUUCAAGGAAACGGCAACCUGGAUACCCAGUCCUUCUACCACAGUCAAGAAAUUAACGUCAUGCUUGACUCACCUUUGGUCUGUAAGGCGUGGCUGGAAGUCAUUGAUCGGAACCAGAAUACUGCCAAAUACGGUGCUGCAAGCAUUGAAGAUGGCUGCUGGCAUGAUCCUUCUACCGGAGAGAUUCCUCCGGGAUCUAUUGGUACUGAUCCCGGUCGCUUCAGCUGGGCGAAGGGUAUGGUUGGUGCUGUGAAGCGAGUGAGGGGAGUUGGUGGAUUUUAG